AUGACGGACAACUGCCGUGAAGACGACGACAACCUCGGCACGUCGGGCGACAACGCGCUCAGCGCGCCCACGCAGCUGCUGGUAACCCCUCCCGCGCCACACCAGACAAUCGUGCCGCCGCUCAACUUCUGCCCCGUCGAGCGGUACUUAUACCGCAGCGGGCAGCCGUCCACGGUCAACUUCCCCUUCUUGCUGAACCUCAAUCUGCGAACCAUCAUCUGGCUCGCCAACGAGGAACCGCAGGACGCGCUGCUCGCGUUUUGCGACAUGCACGACAUCCGGCUGCGAUUUGCAGCUAUCAACCCCGAGGGUGGGGAGGACGACAACCCCUGGGACGGACUCACCGAACAUUCCAUCGUCAGCGCGCUGCAGACCAUUGUGCACCGCGACAAUUACCCGCUGCUGGUGUGCUGCGGCAUGGGGCGUCACCGCACGGGCACCGUCAUUGGCUGCCUUCGCCGCAUCAUGGGCUGGAACCUGGCUAGUGUUUCGGAGGAGUACCGCCGCUUCACCGGUUCGCGCGGCGGCCGCAUCCUUGUGGAGCUGCUUAUAGAGGCCUUCGACACCAAGUCGGUGACUAUCGACAAGGCCAAUGCGCCCGAGUGGCUCGCUACUGCCGUCAGCGCCUCCGAAGCCUCUUAUGUCCCUGCUACUACGUAUUCUAUACACGAAAUGUAA